CUGUACGCGGCGGCGGCGAUGGCGGGUGGACGGUCCGGCAGCCGCCGCUGCUGCUGCUGGGGAGCUCCGCUGCCGCUGCUCGUGGGCAGGAGCCUGGGCUUGGGCCUGGGCCUCCUGCUGCUGCCGGCGGUGCCGCCCGCGCAGGGCCGGAGCCUCCGCUUCGUGAUUUUGCUCUAUCGACAUGGAGAUCGUUCCCCUGUUAAGGCCUAUCCUAAGGACCCCUAUCAGGAGGGAGAAUGGCCUCAAGGCUUUGGCCAGCUAACCAAGGAGGGGAUGCUCCAGCACUGGGAGCUGGGCCAGGCUUUACGGCAGCGCUACCAGGGCUUCCUCAAUGCCUCCUAUCACCGGGAAGAGGUUUACAUUCGAAGCACAGACUUUGACCGCACCCUUAUGAGUGCUGAGGCCAACCUGGCUGGACUCUUCCCGGUUGAGGGGGCGCAGUCUUUUAAUCCAAACAUCACGUGGCAGCCUAUCCCUGUCCAUACUGUCCCUGAGGCCCAGGACAAGCUGCUGAAGUUCCCACUGGGCCCUUGUCCUCGGUUUGAGCAGCUACAGAAUGAGACUCGCCAGAGCCCCGAAUACCAAAAUGAGACAGCUCAGAAUGCUAAAUUUCUGGAGAUGGUGGCCAACGAGACAGGGGUCACAGACCUGACACUGGAGACGGCCUGGAACAUCUAUGACACUCUCUUCUGUGAGCAAACCCACGGUCUGCCCUUACCGUCCUGGGCCUCCCCCCAGACCAUGCGGCACCUUCAGCAGCUCAAGGAUCUCAGCUUCCGGUUCCUUUUUGGGAUGUACCAGCCAACAGAGAAGGCCCGGCUUCAAGGAGGGGUCCUCCUAGCUGAGAUCCGGAAGAACCUGACAUGGGCAGCCUCAGCCUCCCAGCACCCAAAGCUGCUAGUCUACUCUGCACAUGACACCACACUGGUGGCACUUCAGAUGGCCCUGGACAUCUACAAUGGGGAACAGGCUCCCUAUGCCUCCUGCCACAUGUUUGAACUUUACCAGGAGGACAAUGGGAAUUUUUCUGUGGAGAUGUACUUCCGAAACGACAGUACCAAGGCUCCCUGGCCCCUGGCCCUGCUCCGCUGCUCCCAGAGCUGCCCCCUCGCAGACUUCUUACGCCUCACUCUGCCCCUGGUGCCAGAGAACUGGGAGCAAGAAUGCCAGGUGACAAGCAGCCUUGCAGACACAGAGGUGAUCGUGGCCUUAGCCGUGUGUGGUUCCAUCCUCUUCUUGCUCAUCUUGCUACUGCUCACAGUCCUCUUCCGAAUGCAGGCUCAGCCCCCAGGUUACCGCCAUAUCGCUGAUGGGGAAGACCAUGCCUGACAAGCCCUCGGCCCCUCUCUACGGCGUCGUGGAGGAGCUGGGCUGCCCUGAUUGUGCCCUGGCUAGGGAAGCUGGAAAGCCAGUUUGAUACAGAGACCUAAGACUCUGAGCUGGGCACUGCUCUGACCCCCAGGACCUUCCUCACCUGGCAUUUCCAGGCAGCUGUGUGAGGCCUUGUCAUCUUCUCCCUCCCAGCCCUGGGGAGGACAGAGCAGCACCAGUGCAUUUCAUGCUGGGCAACUACCUAGCGGAAGGGAGUCCUCUGGCCAGUCCAAAGGAGUUGUGGGCGUUACUUUCUGCAACAGCCUGGAAACACUGGCAGGCUCACAGGACAUUCUGUCUUAUCUCUCCACUACCCCCAAGCCUAAUUUAGCCAGGACUCUCUUCCCACCCUCGAGGCAGAGGUCACAGCCCCAGUUCAUUGAGGUUGGAAGCCUCAGGGUUAUAGUUGCUGCUGUUUCCACUCCUCUGAAUCCUAAGCUGGCUUGAAGAAUGUAUAUAAAGGGAUGGGGGAGGGGGGAGGAGGGUACAGGCACAUACAGGGCACAGAAGAUACAGAAGCCCUAGGCAAAUGCAGGUCGCGUGCUGGACAGCUCUGGGCAGUAGCCCAGAAGGGACAAAGGUGGACCCCAAGGGGAAUGAAAGUGUUGAACUCUC